AACCGACCGAGUGCCUUGGCAAAUUUCAGCAUUUGCGGCACAAUCUAGGGAUCCGGGGGACAUGCUUUCUACAAAAUUUACCUCGCAUUGCUGAUCUUUUCUCAGUCAUGCUUUUCAGUACUCCUCGUCUAUCGUUACCUCGUUGUCUUCCUCGAUGAAGACGUCCGCUCUUUCUGCCGUAGCAGCGGCUUUCUUGUCGUUGCCGUCUGAAGUCGUCGCGCACGUUCGACUACCUUUCGCACGUCAAUCAACCACAAGUCAAUCUACCACGGAGCGCCGCUCAGUUCCCGCCGACAUCUUUAGCGCCGAGAAUACCUACGUCGUCAACGCAACGGUUGGGACGCCACCACAGAAUCUCUCGUUUGCACUCACUCUAUCGGCGGAUGAGUCAUGGGUUCCAGAUGCACAAUAUUGCGACGCCGAUAGCACGUAUCUGAGAUACGAAGGCUGCAUAUACGGUUCAUACAAUCACAAUGUCUCCUCGACCUUUGUCCGCCCGGGAACUGGCAGUUUCUCUGCCAGCUAUUUGGACGGAACUUACGCGUACGGCGAUAGGAUCCGAGAGACGAUAGGCUUCCUAGGAGGUUCGAGUGUGUCAAACCUGACCAUGGGGCUUGCGCAACAGUCCAACUUGUGGAUGGGUGUCAUGGCCCUGGGAUUCAACGACAGCUAUUCUGUGCCAAACCUGCCAGACCGAAUGCUAGCAGAUGGCCUGAUCAAUUCUACUGCCUACAGCUUGUGGAUCGAGAGCGAAGACGCUGCGACUGGAAGUCUGCUUUUCGGCGCAAUCGACACGGCCGCCAUCGACGGAACUCUCAAGCGAUUUCAAGUUCAGCGAGAGCACUACAGUUCAACAUAUUCGUACUACACCACGUCAAACACGUUCGAUGUGUACAUUCAAAGCUUCAAUGCGACCAGGACCAACGAUGGUAGCCUCUCACCCCUCAUUCAGAACACCACCGCCCUGCCACUAAUCACGAUCGACCCGACAUAUUCUGUUUCGGUUCUUCCAGAAGAAAUAGCAACUGCUAUAUGGGCGCUGGCCGGCGCAGCCUAUGACGAUCUGUGGGACUAUGCCACUAUACCCUGCGACUACCGAAAUAAUCUGACCGGAUCUCUUGCCAUACAGCUUGAUAGCGUCGGUGCUGACGGCGGCCCUAUCCUGAAUGUCCCCCUUUCCGAUUUGAUUGUAUCGGAAGACAUCUGGUCCCAUUCAUCCUGGGAUUAUGAUACCAACAACUCCACGACGACGUGUCUCUUCGGCGUCCAGACCACCAACGACACUUCCUACACCUUUUCUUCCUACGAGGACAAUUGGACGCUCGGAUCCGGUAUGCUUAGACGCCAAUACAUGGUCUUUGACCUCGCCAAUGAAGAGGUGGCGAUGGCUCCGGUCAAGUUUGGGAGCGUCGAAUCAGACUCGGACGUCAUACCUUUCAGUGUCUAUGGAGCAAAGAUUCCCGAGUCUACUGGUGACGACAGCAAAUGUUAUGCCGACGACGAAUGCUCCAGCUCUGGUUCCACAUCGCGCGGCGGAUCAAGCAGCGGCAGCGAUAAUUCAGACAGCUUGUCUGGAGAUGUCAUCGGAAUGAUCGUUGGGUUCAGUAUCUUGGGGGUCGCAAUGCUUGCCGUUGCCAUCUGGGGUAUCAUACGGUGCUGUCGGGAUAAUAGCAAGUAUGGCCGGACUGCCGUCGUUGCUGAGAAGGGUGCUUUGGACGAAGAGGAUGCCAAUCGUGCGCAGCAAACUUCUAGCAUAAGUCCAGGAGAUGCUGCAGCAAGGGAAUAGACAUAGGCUAGACAUGAAUAUGACAACUAUUAAUGCAUAAUAUAUAACAUUUCUUCA